GGAAUUCUUCAGAAUUCCCAGCUCGCUCAAUUCGUCGCCGGCGAGAAUGGAAAUAACGAGCAUGACCCAGGCCAUGCAGCUCCAUGCGCGAAUCCUCAAGUCCGGCGCAUAUGACUCCAAUCAUGGCCAAGAUUUCCACAAACUCUUCACUUUCUCAGCUCUCUCACCUUCCGGAGACUUAAACUACGCCCGCCAUAUCCUAAGGACUCUCCAUUCUCCUAACUCCUUUUACUACAACACCAUGAUUCGCGCCUAUUCCGACUCACCCGACCCGACCCACGCCUUCACCCUCUUCCUCUACAUGCAGAAUCCCGACGACGCCUCCGUCGCCGUCCCCCGGCCCGACCAUUUCACCUACCCGUUUGUGCUCAAAGCCUGCUCCAAGUCCGGUCACUCCCGCUUCGGGAAGCAAAUCCAUGGCUUGGUUUUCAAGUCCGGUGUCGGUUCUGACAGGUAUAUUAACAAUGCUCUGAUCCAUUUUUACUCGGUUUCGGGUGAGCCAAACCUUGCUUACAAGGUGUUUGAUAAAAUGCCUGACCGGGAUGUGGUUUCCUGGACGUCGAUUAUUGAUGGCUUUGUUGAUAACGACCGGCCUAUUGAGGCGAUCAGGUUGUUCUCUCACAUGAUUGAGAAUGGAAUUGAACCGAAUGAAGUUACGGUAGCUUCUGUGCUCAGAGCCUGUGCUGACACUGGAGCUUUGAACACUGGGAAAAGAAUCCACAGCUUUGUGAAGGAAAAGAGUUUUAGUUCUAAUGCUAACGUGAGUACUGCUCUGAUUGACAUGUAUGCGAAAUGCGGAUGCAUAGAUGGGGCAUUGCAAGUUUUUGAUGAAACUAUGGAUAAAGAUGUGUAUGUAUGGACAGCAAUUAUUGCUGGUCUUGCUAGUCAUGGGCUAUGCAUGAAGGCUAUUGAGUUUUUCGAAAAUAUGAAGAAAUCUGAUGUAAAGAUGGAUGAAAGAGCAAUAACAGCUGUUCUAUCAGCCUAUAGAAACGCUGGUUUAGUUAGUGAAGGCUUGUCGUUUUUCAGGAGAUUGAAGAAACAUAAGAUAAGGCCGACGAUUCAGCAUUAUGGAUGCGUUGUGGACAUGCUCACUCGAGCUGGACGUCUAAAAGAUGCUGAGGAGUUUAUUAGAAAGAUGCCAAUUGAGCCAGAUGCUGUGUUAUGGAGGACACUGAUAUGGGGUUGUAAAAUCCUUGGAGACGUGGAGAGGAGUGAGUGUUUAGUGAGAGAGCUUGAGCUUUUGAAUAUGGACUCGAGGGACACAGGAAGCUAUGUGCUUCUUGAGAAUUUGUAUGCAGCAACCGGGAAAUGGGAGGAGAAGGCCAAAACAAGAGAACUGAUGUAUCAGAGAGGGCUAAUGAAGCCCCCGGCAUGUAGUAGGAUUGAAAUAGACGGGGUGGUUCACGAAUUCACAGCAGGGGACUCUAGACACGAUGAAGCCACAACUGUUUAUGAAAAACUGGAAGAGGUAGAGGAGAGGCUGAGAGGGGAAGGGUACAAUCCAAUAGUUUCUGAGGUGCUACUUGAAAUUGAUGACGACGAGAAAGCAUCUCAGUUGCUUCACCACAGCGAGAAACUUGCAGUUUCGUUUGGACUUGUGAAAUCAAGUCCAGGGUCUGUCAUAAGGAUUGUGAAGAACUUGAGGUCUUGUGAGGACUGCCAUUCUUUCAUGAAACUAAUCUCCAAGGUAUACCAGAGGGAUAUCAUUGUAAGAGAUAGGAUUCGUUUCCAUCAUUUUAGUGGUGGGAACUGCUCUUGUGGUGAUCGUUGGUAAUGGCUUUGUACUUUUGAUGAGAGUGGAUUAGAGUUUUUUUUUUUUAAAAAAAAAAUUUUUAAAAAUCUUGGAACUAGCAUUGGCUGUUGACCUGUGUUGGGCGGAGGCUGGUGAAGGGCCAAGUCACUAGGGGGAUUGUGAUGGUAUAUAAGGAAAUAAAGUUGCGCUUUUGCUAUGAGAUAACUUUUGGUAUAGUGGUAAACGCAUGAUCCUAACAAGUAGGAGGAGGAAUUGUUGGGUGGAGGUCAGUGAAGAACCAAAUCCAGUAAUUGGUGGCUAGAGGGUGUUGGGUGGAGGUCGGUGAAGAACCAAAUCCAGCCAUUGGUGGUUAGAGGAUUGUUGGACGGAGGCCGGUGAAUGGCCAAGUCCAGUACCUGCCUCUCGAAAAUGUGGCAGUAUGUAUGGUAAACGCUUGAUCCUAACAACAUGUAAUAUAGUUAAUGUUAUAUGUUGCUUACAGAUGCUGCUCUGCAUUAAGGAAAUGCUAUUUGCCAUGGAGUUCUGAAUCCGUAGGCCAAGUGGCCAACUAAGAUCCCAAGCAUGUGAUUACUUUUUUAAUUUCUUGAUCAUUAUUUUUGUUAAUUAAUUAGAUUUUAUUUCA